AGUCGGGAGCGGUUCGAGACGCGGGUGACGGUGCUGGAGAAUGGGCUGCGCGUCGCCUCCCAGAACAAGUUCGGGCAGUUCUGCACCGUGGGCCUUCUUGUAAAUUCGGGAUCAAGACACGAAGCGAAAUACCUCAGUGGCAUCUCUCAUUUCUUGGAAAAGCUGGCCUUCUCUUCCACAGCUCAGUUUGGCAGCAAAGAUGAAAUUCUCCUCACCUUAGAAAAGCAUGGGGGCAUCUGUGACUGCCAGGCAUCGAGGGACACCAUCAUGUACGCUGUUUCUGCUGACGCCAGAGGCCUGGACACAGUGGUCAACCUGCUGGGUGAUGUAGCUCUACAGCCCAGGCUAUCAGAUGAAGAAAUUGAGAUGACUCGAAUGGCUAUACGAUUUGAGCUUGAAGACUUGAAUAUGAGACCUGAUCCAGAGCCUCUCCUCACAGAAAUGAUCCAUGCGGCAGCCUACAGAGACAAUACAGUUGGUCUGAACAGGUUCUGCCCGGUGGAAAAUACUGACAAAAUUGAUCGAGAAGUCCUGCAUUCGUACCUGUGUAACUACUACACGCCAGACAGGAUGGUGCUUGCCGGGGUGGGAAUCGAGCACGAGCAGUUAGUGGAGUGUGCCAAGAAACACCUGCUUGGAGCAGAGCCCGUGUGGGGCAGUGGGCAGACCAGGGAUGUGGACAGAUCUGUGGCUCAGUACACAGGAGGCAUUGUCAAGGUUGAAAAAGAUAUGUCAGAUGUGAGUCUGGGCCCUACUCCCAUCCCAGAGCUUACCCACAUCAUGAUUGGGUUAGAAAGCUGCUCGUUUUUAGAGGAAGAUUUCAUUCCCUUUGCGGUAUUAAACAUGAUGAUGGGAGGUGGUGGCUCUUUUUCAGCUGGAGGGCCUGGCAAGGGCAUGUUCACCCGACUGUAUCUCAAUGUGCUCAACAGGCACCACUGGAUGUAUAAUGCAACCUCUUACCACCACAGUUAUGAGGAUACAGGCCUCCUGUGUAUACAUGCCAGUGCAGAUCCAAAACAGGUUCGAGAGAUGGUGGAAAUCAUCACGAGAGAAUUCAUUCUAAUGGCAGGAGCUGUAGGAGAGGUAGAACUUGAGCGAGCGAAGACGCAGCUGAAGUCCAUGCUCAUGAUGAACCUCGAGUCUCGGCCGGUUAUCUUUGAAGAUGUGGGAAGGCAAGUGUUGGCAACAAACACGAGGAAGCUACCUCACGAGCUCUGUGCCCUGAUCAGUCAGGUGAAAUCUGCUGAUAUCAAGAGAGUGGUCACUAAGAUGCUUCAUAAAAAACCAGCAGUGGCUGCGCUGGGUGACCUAACAGAUCUGCCCACUUACGAACACAUCCAGGCAGCGCUUUCCAGUAAGGACGGGCGGCUCCCUCGGGUGUACCGGCUCUUCCGAUAAAACAGCGCAACCCGCACGUCUGACAGACUUGCUUCUUUUUUUAAUAUUUUUUUUUUUGAGAUUAUAAUAUUGCAGGAAGCCCUUCCUCCCCCAUCUUUCCAGGCAUACUGUGCAGACACGGAACCACAGCUGAACAAAGCUGCUUCAGAAUAUGGGACUGUGAAGAGCUCAUUAUGUUGGGCUUAAAGGUUCUCCCUGGCUCUGGAAUGCAGCAAGCAAAAGUCUUCAUCACUACAACUGCAAGCAUCUAUCUGAGAAGCUGUCAGUCACUGCUGUAUGUAACUCCUUCAUCACAGCAGCAGUAGCUGUGGGGCUGUUGUACUGGAGGCCCUCACGUGUGCCCUUCUUGAGGAGUGGGGUGGCACGUUAAAGAGCUUUGGCUUACAGAGCUGAAUUCAAAGAAUAUUUAUAGCUGUUACCAAGGUGAACAAAGACUCGGUCAAAGUGAAUGAGGAAAAUUAAGUUAUUAUCCAUGUGAAAUUUAGGCAACAAGUUUCCUGUGGUCCAGGUUUUGUUACAAGCAUCAUGGAUCCACUUCAUCAGUGAAUUUACCAUCUCUAGUACUACUAGAAAUCACAUGUCUGAAAUAACUUCUGCUAGAGCUCAGGGGAAAGUAGACCUAUGGCAUAACUUAACAGUUUCUGGGGCAUCCAUAUACAGAGAUGCUAUGCACAAUGCGACAUGGACACUUAUUAUAGAAUUAAAUCAAUCUUAUUCUUUAGGUUUUUCACUUGCAAGUGAACUGUGCUAAAGAAUAAAAGGUUUUUUACUCCAGAGUUGGUAUUCAAACAGGAAGUUAUUAAAGGAGUUAACUGCUGCACCCUACUUUCUUCAAAUUGUCGGGCAAAUGAACCUAAGGCCUUGCAAAAAGAAGACAUAAUUGUCAAUCUCAGAGCAGAGAUGAGCUCAGCUAGGAAUCAGGGUCACCAAAAUGAUGUUCAGAGAGCUCAUGAUCUUGAAAGCAACUGACACAAAGCCACGCAUCUGAUGUACUGAAGAAAUGGGAGACCCAAAAGAGAGGAGAUAAAAUGUCUGAUUUACAUAAUCCCCUAACAUGGGUUUAAAAACAGCUGCAUUGCAGCACUUCACUGGCUCAGUGUGCACUGUAAGGAGCAAUCAGACUGGGAGAACACUGAGGCAGCUAUUACUGGCUUUAUCCCCAUACCCUUCCUCAUGUAACUACAAGAAAACGCAUCGCGUUGCUUCUUGUGGAACCCACAGUAUGGAAAUCCUGUUCAGUUGUUGUGUAUGUUUGUAAGAAAAUAAAGACUGGAGCAAGUAGUUCAUUAGCUAAUUGGUGGGUUUCUUGAACUGACCGGUGAAACGUGCUUUGUUCAAUGCAAAUGAUCCCAAAGAAAACUCUCCCACUUUUCCAGCUG